CUCUAUGGUACGUCUCUCCGACAGAAGGCUGAAAGAUGGCGGAGGUGGAGUUCGGGGACAGUGAGCUGUUCGAGCAGUUAGACGGGGAUUUAACCACGCAGCCCGUCCACCUUCGGUUUGAGGCAGCCGAGGACUGUGAAGAGGAGUCUGGCGGGAUCCGGGAGCAGCUCGCCCGGUGUGAGGAGACCAUCAACCAGCUGAGAGCCGAUAAUAUCCUUUGUACAUACCGCGAAACGAAGCCUGCCCCGAGCCCCUAGUCCGGGGGUGGAGGGCCCGUGUAGCUGCCCCCUCACAGUGAUCACUCUCCAUUACCAAUAGCACAUAUUGAUACUCUGUAAUGACAUGGCCAGGCAGCCUGGGGCUCUGUGUGCCCAGACAGCAGCAGCAGCAGUUACUGUCUGCUUUGCACGAUGGUCGCCAGGUACAGUCCCCAUAGCGAACUAUAGCUUGUGUUUUACUUCCAGUGUCUCCAUGGGUAGAUUCUCCUUUCAUUGCAUGCACAUAUUUAUUUUUUCAGUGAAGUAAAUAGCCAAUAUUUACUAUGGCACCGCCCCUUCCUCUGUCAUAUGAUUGUGGGGGGGCUUCUUGUAGUGUCCAAUAACAGGACAUGCCUUCUGUCUACCAUUUCAUUCAUAAACUGGUUAAAUUCAUUAACAAAUUGUUCACAUGAUGAACUCAGAAGAAAGCUCUCCAUACUCAGCAGACCAAGGUAAAGGAGUCCAACUGCUACCCGAAAUUCACAUUUUGUUACAUUGUUUUCAAUAUUGUAUGUGUGUGUGUGUAUAUAUAAUGUAGCAGGAUAUUUUGCAGUUGAGUAAUAUGGAAAAGGGGAGGCCAUAAAUAACAGACAUUUCUAAAUGUUAAAAGGGAGCCAAUAAAUAUGCAUUGCUGAAACCCAUGCAUCAGUUCUUAUUUUUGGCGAGGGCCGUCUUUUAUUUAAAUAUUUUCCAGACUUCAGGGCUGCUCUUUUGUUUCCAUGUACAUUUAGUACAGAAUAGACUUGUUUUUCUUCUAGUUAUACUAUAAAUGUUUAAUUUGAGGGUUAAUUUCAUAUGUCUGUCAGUAAAUACAAAUUACAUAAUCACACUUGUGAUGGGAAAUCAUAAAAUAUGUGAUGACUAUCAAAUACAGCUUUAAGUGGAGUGCAGACAAAUAUGUUGAACUGCAUAAUUUGAUAAACCUCAGAAAUUUAUUUGACUCAUGCAUAGAGUUGAAUUGUCACAGAAGCGUUAGACUGACUGGUGUGUUAUUGCUACAGGUUAUUUCAAAUAAUGGUUUUCUUUUAUAAUUCUCGUUUAUUUUUAGUGGACUCGAUGUGGAUGAUAAAUUAGAUGGACCUUUGUUGCAGAUCUUAUUUAUGAACCAUGUAAUUUCAAAGUAAGUACGCGUUAGAAGCUUGUAACUAUUUUUAUUAUUGUUGUAUAGUGAUGUCCCAAACGGUUCGCCGCGGACUCAUCAUUGAGUAAACUUUGACCCUGUACCUCACAGUCAGCAGACACAUUCCAGCCAAUCAGCAGCAGAUCCUCCCUCCCAGACCCUCCCACCUCCUGGACAGCUCACUAAGAAUGCAGCUUCACAAUGAAUGUAAAAUGGAUGCUCCACUUAAAGCUGUCCGCGGCGAACUGUUCGGGACAUCACUAUUGUUGUAGCAUAUUUUAUACUUGCUUUUUCUCCCAUGCCUCAGUGGUCUCUCUUCAGCCCAACACACCUCCAUGGCUGAGGGCAUCCUGAGCGAUGAUCUCUGCUAAUCUAGUGCUUUUUCAUUGUGCAUAAUUGGCAAAAUGAGAUCGUCUGUUAGAAAAAGCAGAGUUUUACUCUAUUUGAACAGAAACACCUGUAGUGGCUGUUUGAUCGAAUGGCAAAGUUUGCAAUAGCAAGCUUAAAACUACAGGGCCACUUCAUUGAGAUGAAGUGGUCACGGUGACUAUAGUGUCCCUUUAAAUGGACAGUGGAGUAGGCACUAUAACAGUGAUGGCUAACCUUGACACCAUAAAUUGUUUCUGGACUACAUUUCCCAUGAUGCUCAGCUAGCUUUCAGACUCUAGAAGCUAGCUGAGCAUCAUGGGAAAUGUAGUCCAGAAACAAUUUAUGGUGUCAAGGUUAGCCAUCACUGCACUAUAUUUAAUCUCCUUGCAUUAUAGUGCCUGGAGUCCCCCUGGCAUUCUGUGUAAAUGAUUUUCAAGCAGUUUAAAUACUAAAUAAGGUCCCUGGAAACUCAUAGCCCAUCUCUUACUGGAGUAAUGGCUAUGGCAGAGAUUUCACACUUCUUUCUAGACAUCCCUACAGUGCUAUGGAAUUUGCUGGCGCUAUAUAAAUAAUAAAAUAAUAAUAAUGCCAACAGUGGAUGCUGUGAUAGGCUAAAAGCCAAUUACAAGCACCCAUUGCUUCGUAGGCUAAUAUUUCUGCCGAAACAGCACAGGAGGAUACACUGCAGGGGUUUAAUGCUGAAUGGAAGGACCGCACCAGGGAACGCCAGACAAAUCUCACUUUAAUGAGAUGAAAGCGUGCCUACCGUGUCCCUUUUUAAAGGAACACGCAAGGCACCGUAAGACAGUGUUCCUUUAACCACAAACUAUGGGUAGAGACUACCCUGUAUUCAUUAUGUAAUAUCUAGGCAAUUACAAGUAAAUGCAAAAAUGUAAUUGUGUAGCAAAAAAUUGAUUGGGGUGUGUGUAUGUAUAUGCUGUUUAUGAAGGCUGCCCACACCUCUUUGUGGUCUAUUUUACCAGGGUGGAGAGAAAAUGUAGCCCAGGCUGUGCAUGUGGUGUGUACAUAUUUUGAACAGUAUGUACAAAACUAAUAUCAGGCAGCCGUACCUGAAAUUUCGGGCUUCCCAAUUGACAGUUUAUUGCUUUUGUGGCCUUUGUAGAUUGCUGCCGUUCUAAGCAACUAUUUUAUCUAUCACUUGCAGGGUAUUCUUAGCACUAUCAAACUUGCAACUAUACAAAAUUAUGAUGGUGAUUAGACUGACCUUUUACCGUAAAGUGAAACUGCCCCUUUUGACACUAUAUGUAUCCAAGUUCUAUUGGUUAUGCUUUGAUAAUUUAAACACACUCCUACACAAUGUUUCAGGUUAUCCUUGCACAGCCAGAGUAUGUAAAGUCCAUUUCUUUUAACUCCCCCAAUGCUUGUGCAUGGGCAUUGUGAGACCACAUGCACGUGAAUGACACUAUGAAAGGAGAGACAGGUUAUUCAUUGACACACUGUGGAAAAAUGGUAUAUUGCUUGCACGUAAUUUGUUUCUUCUACACCCAUUGGACAUUUUAUCACAUUAAACACUUUAAUAGUGUGUACUGGAUCCAGGAACUGUUGCUUUCAGAGAAGUAACUUCCUUUUUAGAAGUUCAGUUUUUGCAUAAAGUGCUGCAUUCAGUUUAUCACAGGAAAAAUGCUAACAAAUUUCAUGCUUAAUUGGUAAGAAAAAGCUGUAAUGUUAUUGUUCCGUGUGUUACAUUAAGGGCCAUGCAUGCUCAUGUACUCUAGCAUGCCCCCCAUCCCUCUCUGUUUUGUUUUUCUUUCAUUCAAUUGUAAGCUUAAAGAGCUGUGCCAUUAGAGUAGCCUUCUAUGUUUAGAUCUGAUUGAUGGGUGAGGAAAGGGACCAUAUUUGUUUUUAUAUUUAAUUCAAUGUCUACAAUUUUGCUAGCGAUUCUGCUCAACAUAGAGAAAAAAGACAAAGGAGAGUUGGAAAUGACAAGUGUAAAUUUAGUUCUUAUAUUUUUAUUGCACCUUGUACAGAAUCCUUUCCUUACCAAUACAUCUUACUGUGAAACCACAAAUGCUUAUUCGUGUAUCGCAAAGGCUAAAACUGCAAAACAUAUUGGGUCCUUCGUUGUAGCAAAAAGAGCAAACCUUGUAGACUAUAAUACUUCAGGAAUUUAUAAGUAUACAGAUCUGACUGCCUAGUGCUAGAUUCUUAAAGUAAUCAAAGUUUAUCUAAAAGAGAGGAUUGUGAAAAUGGACAUUCAUAUUUGGAAGACUGAGGCAGAAAGUUUCAACCCAAAAGCUGGACAGUCAGGUUUGGACGCCAUUAAUAUAAAGCUGUGUAUGUCAACCUUUAGCCCUUGAGAUGCUCAUGAACUACAAUUCUAUGAUGCUCAGUCAAAUUGUAGAUUUGGUGAUCCUUGUUUAGGGCAUAUUGUCCAGAAACCUCUGCAGAAGUAAUCGUUGGUCAUCACCCAAUCAGGCCGUGUGUGUGUAGGAGGGGGUAUUGUUUGUUUUCCAAAAGUAUUACAAACUAGUUGGUCUCUUUCAAAUUGAUAUGUUUUGAAAUUAAUUCCAUGUUAUUGGGUUUUACAUAGGCAAUAUCAUCAAGAAGUUGAAGAUUUCGUAACAAGUUUAGUUCAAAAGUAUGAAGAGAGCCAGAAAUCUAAUCCCGAGAAAACAUCUUUUAAUAUCAAGCCACAGGUAAUCCGUAUUUGCAUUAAAAUUAAUAUGUACAACUAGUAUGAUGGAAAGUAAUAUAUUUGCCACUGCCUAAAAAUGGUUAGCAAAUAAAGUAGGUUUUCAUUUCUCUUCAUUGUCAUUUAGCCAUCUAGUAUUUUGUUGGAAGAAAGCGGGUGUUCUAAUGGCAGUACAAUUAAGAAAAUAAAAGAUGCCUUCAGUGUGAGUAUUUUAUUUUAAUGUCUUAUAAAACUGUUCAUUUGUUUGGAUUUUAUUUGUAGGUACAAUGUGGAGUUUUUUUGGGGGGUAAUUUUUUAAAUAGUACUUUCAUGUAGUAUUUCAAGUGCUCUGUGUUUACUGCCAAAUGGAUGUAUAGAUCUACUACGUACUUCUAUAGCGGCAUUAAAUUCUCUUUUUAAAAAAUUGAAUCUGUACUUUAUAUUUUAUGUGUACCUGAAGGGGUAAGUGUUUCUUGAAUAAAAAAGGCUCUUGUACUUUAUAUUAAAACCAUUAAAAUUAGGCAAUUCCUUUUUUGUUGUGCACAAGAUAAGACAGGUCAACUAUGCCACGACAACAUCGUUCGGCACAGAAAAUAAACAUGCAUACAAAGCUAUAGCACAAUUUUAUAAAAGGUAAGGUCUCAUGCACAUUAAAACUAGCUUGUCUACACUACUGAGUUAAGACUGAACACAACAUCCUGGCGAUAAUUAUUAGACAUGGAGAUGACAUAAAAACCGCCAUUAAAUCAAACGUUGGAUUGUGUGUUAACCACUGAAAGUAGAUUCUUAUACUCAUCACUGCACCACACAAAAGUUGAGUAGUGAGAGAAAAAUGAAAAUUAAAAAAAAAAAAAAAAAAAUUUAUAAACGGGUUGCUCAGUAAAUAUGGCCGAGAUCAGAUGACAUCUGCCAGCAUAUAAUUAAGCCUUUCUCAUGCUGUGGACCCAUCGCUCCCAUCAGCCGAUGCCUAGAAGUGGCAGGGUUGGUACAUAAUGAGAAGUGAACACGCGGAUAGCACCGAUUCGCCAGAGCUGGGCCUCCAUCCAGCUUGAGCCAUUGAGCGAGCCAGCACCCAUAUUCCACAGACUUGGGACUCUUUGGUACCAAGUCUUUCCCCUGUCUGGGGAUCCAGGUGUUAAUGUCCGCUAUCUGCGGGAGAUCUUUUGCUUCGGGUCACAGACUUGGAAGCUCUCUAGCACCAAGUCUUUCCCCCACCGGGGGUUGCAGGAAGAUCGAGGUGGAGUGUGCCAUCUUUGACCUGUGUGGUGCAUAGAGGCGUAGCUUUGUGUCGCUCUCGGCCCUAGAGGGCAGACAACAGGGUGUACAGUCACUUGUGGCCUUGAUUUGCCCUGAGGGGAUCCAUUCCUUUUCAGCAUGCUACUUCUCGUGUAGAUAGAGGCUCCCUGGUGCAUAUACAGCUUACGCCAGAAGCCCUGGAAAAGCUUGUCUGGCAGUGCAAACUAUGCUCCAGCGAUCUGUGAUGGGGCCAUUGAUGCAGGUUUUCGCCCUGUACAGCAGCACGUGAAGCCAACAGCCAUCUUGCAGUGAAGUGGAGGUGCGGCAAGAAUAUUACUUGUAGCACAAGGUAAGUGCAGCAGUAACAACACGAUGAGCGUCAGUGGGGGUGAGGGGGGAGGCACAAGGCAUUGGGUCAGAGAAGAGAAGGAUCAGGCAGAGGGUCGGCUGUACCCCUCGCCUAGAUCUUGCCGGUAGGCCUUGGGGGCUAUUCUUUAUGCUACCAGUGUUUCUUGCAGUCCCAGAGGAAUCACUUGGCGGGCUGCAGCUUACCCGUUGUGUAUAUCCAGGUUACAAACUGAAAUUGGUCAAGAUUUGGAUCAAAUUUGGCCGAAAUUCAGAUUUUUCGUUGAGGAGCUCUAACAGAGCAUGUAUGCCUCAGUCAGUGAUCAUGCGCUACCCCCCAGGCAAUUCAUUUUUUUUUUUUCUUUUUCUUUUUUCUCUUGACAAUUCAAUAAAAACUGUAUACUUAGAAGGGUUUUGUGUGUGUGUUUUUUUGUUUGUUUUUUUUUAAUAUAUAUAUUAUUACAAUGUUAAACAAAAAUCUGCACACCAUUCAAGUCAGACGACUUUCUUUUCCCACAGAAAUCACAAAUUUGCAGUGAUUUUACUACCGCAAAGGAUUCUGGGUGGGCAUAUGCAAAUUAGUUUAACAUGGAAUGAGGCAAAAAUGUGAUUGUUAAACUACUUUGCAUAUGCCCACCCAAAAUCCUUUGAGGUAGUAACAUCACUGCAAAUUUGUAAUUCCUGUGGGAAAAAGUCUCUUGACUGGUGUGCAGAUUUUUGUUUAACAGUGUAUUAAAGGACCACUAAAGGCACCCAGACCACUUCAGCUCAAUGAAGAGUGGUCUGGGUACCAGUUCCAUCUAGGGUUAACCCUGCAGCUGUAAACAUAGCAGUUUCAGAGAAACUGCUAUGUUUACUUUAGGGUUAAUCCAGCCUCUAGUGGUUCUCAUUGACAGCCGCUAGAGGCGCUUCUGCGCUUCUGCGCUUCUCACUGUGAUUUUCAAUGAGACAACGCCAGCGUCCAUAGGAAAGCAUUGAGAAAUGCUUUCCUAUGGAUGGACUGAAUGCGCGUGCGGCUCUUACCACGUAUGCGCAUUCAGCAGGAUGACGUCGGAAGAGGGAGGCGAGUCCCCAGCGCCGAGUGAGCCCGGUGCUGGAGAAAGGUAAGAAUUUAACCCCCUCCUCCCCUUAGCCCGGCGGGAGGGGGACCUUAAGGGUGGGGGGGGACCCAAAGACCCUAUAGUGCCAGGAAACGAGUUUGUUUUCCUGGCACCAUAGUGUCAUUUAACUGUCCAGAGACUUCAGGUGGAAGGGGUUUUCAAUCACAUUUAUUUUUUUUUAUUUUAUUUUUUUCACCAUAACCUUUUUAGAGUUUUAUAUAUAUAUAUAUAUAUAUACAUACAUAUAUAUAUACUAUUUUUUUAAAUUUAUUUUGUUUUUUUUGGGGUUUUGACAAUGUCGAAAGAAAAGGGGAAAUGAUGAAUAUAACGGUAAUAAGUCUUCCUAAUCUUUAGAGAAUAGCUCAUUAAAUUCUGCCAGGUCUCUAAAUGUGAGGUAAUUGCAUCUUAAUAGAAUAAAGCGAAGAGCUGUGGGAGAAAGCUCACCUGAGGGGAGGGGGGAGGGAAACCUAUCUUAGAGGAACAUUUUGUGUGAACUCAACAAUGAAGGUGCUGUUAAGCAUUUCGUUCUUGAAGUGGUUCGUCAGAGAAAUUUCUACUGCCUUCCUAGCUUUAAGGCUCUUACAAACACAAAUGUUUCCAUCUUUUUGGGGAAAUUGAUGCUGUAUUUCAGACUAAUCACUGCAUAGCUAUGUAGCUUUUUAAGACAGGCAGGCAUCUUGAUCCUUAAACCAACUACAUUUAUAUGGAGUGCUGGUCUGAUCAAACAUAGGUGGAGAUCAUUUUUAGCUAUGAUAUACACACUCCUAACAAAUGCACUUUUGUCCACUAUUUCAUAGGAACUGAACCAUAAAGUCUAUAUGUAAAAACUGAAUGUGGUUUUCUGGCUUAAGUCACCAUCGUAAAGAACCAAGGAGACUAAGAUAUCCAAAACCCAUAAUGCCAUCACUAUAGCCUGUAAUAUUUGCAGUCUAAGUAUGUCCCAACCACCAUGUGACCGGCAACAAACCGGAAAAAACAGAAAUAUCACUUGGGUUUGUGAGGAUAAUGUAUACUGCAGUGCUGUCAUGACAAGUGUUUUGAAGCACUUUACUAGUCACAUGCAUAUCACACAUGUAGUACACAUUAUUCGCUUUCAUUUUUAUUCAAUAAAAAGUUACUUGCGCACUAUUCCAGAUCCCUGUGCAUAUUUAUAUAAAUGGAGGUUUUUAGUUUCACUCCAAUGGUCAUUAGAUAUAAACCCACCUGCCACGUCAAGACAAACCGUUUAGGUUGGUCCUACACUUUAUUCAUUCACUCCUUCAUUUUUAUUCAUAAAUUUCAUUUAUGCGUGGGGUCAAUAUAUACACACAUGUAUUUCAACCCGAUGUGCCCUUCACAGAUAUUUUUGCAUGCUUUAGAAUAGAACCCUAAUUUUCUAUGCUGUUAUCAGACUUCAAUGGCCUUUAAUUUGGAAGACUUUCCAAAUCCAGAGCAAUUCAUUCCUAUUGUACAUUGCACACAUAUAUACACUUUUUGCUAUGUAAUGACAUGAUGAGCAAGCAUUAGUUUAUGAAGGUCUUAUGUUUUGCAGGUUGUUGGAAAUGUUCUGUAUUUCACUCAUUUCUGCCUGGAUAAGCUUGGACAGCCGUUAUUAAAUGAGAACCCGCAGCUGACAGAUGGAUGGGAAAUUCCAAAGUAUCCUAAUAAGAAGCUUCACUUACACCUUUUCAGUGGUAAUCAUUUUAUUUGUGAUAAAUUCAGUCUUCCUAUACAUGUGUAUAUACACUGUGUAGCCAAAGGUAUGUGGAAACUGCAAAAAGGUGAAUCUGGCAAAAUUCUGCCCUGCUUAGAGCAGCCUGAGUCCAUUGUAGUUUAUAUUAUUUUGAAGUGGAAUUCAUAGCAUAGAUCGAUCGGCUGAGUGGUGAUAGUAGUGUAUAAUCCAGCACAUCAGUCAAACCGCUUAGGCUUAUUCUGAAGCAGAUAUAUUUUAAACAGAUUAAAUACAAAUACUCCUGCUGGACACAUGUUUUGGAGUAUGUUCUGGCUAUGCUGCCAUGCUGUGAUUAAUUGUUUUGUUAGGAUGUUUUUUUUUUAUUUGUUUUUUUUGCUUCAAAAAGUGUAAAAAAUGGCCAACAUGCACAUUGCACAAAGUCUUGGCUAGAUUGGUGUAAAGUUUGCCACCACUAUACUCUACUAAUAGAAAUGCAUUCCCUGAUUCCCAGUGAUGACUCGCGCGUUUGUUUGACAAUGUGACAGAUGGUUCUGGUUUGGCAAACGCCAGUCAAAUGAUACCGGUCUGCUUUCUAUCAUCUGACCGGGGCAGAAUUUUAUAUUUUGAGCCAGGUACCUUCAUUCUACUGGCAUGGACCUCUUAAUGCAUAGAGCCUUCUGAUUUUCUGCAUGCUACUGGUCUAGAAGUCAAGGUGGAAGACCUAACUGACCUGCACAAACUAGGCCUGACCACACCUUACUAAAUGAGAAUAACAGCAAUGCUCCAAAAUAAUCCAGCAUACAGCUUUUCCAGAAUAUUAAACGGAAUGCUGCUUAUGGUGCAAGGGUGGGACAAACCACAUAUUGAUGGUCUUGUAAUGCGCUGUUCAAGUACCAGCAACAUACUUUUUGUCUUAUAGUGUAUAUGCUAGAUGCUGCACCUUUUUUUUUUUUUUUAUUUUUUUUUUUUAUAUAUUAUGGUAUUUAAAGCAGCUCUGUCAUCUUCUGGCGUCUUUGCAUAUUUUGUGAAUGCCCCUGACGGUGACUGCUCUGCUUGGUGUCCUGUGGCUACAGGGUGCAGGGAAAGGGGGUUUCACUUACCUGAAUCUGUCUUACAGCCACCAUCUUCAUUCAGUAAAUCCUUUCAGCUCCUGGUACUUCAUCUGCCUGGGGGCUGCGUCGGUGUUGUGUACUUGCCUUUUGUUAAGCUUGGGGAAUAUACCUGGACAAAGUAGUCCCUACUGUCUUGGUAUAUAUUUUUUUUUUUAACUGCAUUGGAAAUUCACUGAAAUGUGAGUAUUUAAUAAAGAUGAAUAAAAUGUAUCUAAGCUUAUAUACAUACAAAAAUAAAUUCAAAUCUGAAUCACAUCUUGUUUCUCACAAAUAUUUUUGUUAAUAUAUAAGCUGCAGAUAAAAUCUACCAUGAAUUAACACUUUAUCUUUUUUUAAUUUACUCUUAUUCCGUUGUGUUUUCAUGUUUUGCCUUUUUAAUUCUUAAUUUUCCUUUUCUAUGUUUUAUAGUUUUAAAAUAGAAAUGCAAACACAAGCAAUUCACACUUACCUGAAAGAAUGUGCAUAUAUAUAUUUCCGUAUUUGGUUUUUCUUCAAAUUCUCCUUUUUAAGUAAAAUCCCUUAAUAUAUUUCAAUAAAGAUACCAGCAAGUUUUUACACAGAUUGUGUCUCUAGAUGGGCAAGAAAUACAAGUAAAGGCAAAAAGGUUUGUAAGAAACAUUUUUUUUCUUGUUUUCUAAGGAUAAAAUUAAAUAUUCUUUGUACAUAGUCUGAAUGUAUCCAGUGUUCUCUGGUCUUGAAGAGGACUUAUUAGAAUAAAAAAGAGGUAAAUCAGCAUUUAAAUUCCAUCCCAGAACUUAAUGGUUCAAAGGCAGGCAAGACUGUACAUUAUCAAUUUAACCAGUUGGUGUUUUCUAAGUGAAUAUUAAUGUAUUUUAAUAACUACUUCAGGCAGUGUAAUACUAAACCACACUGCUCUACAGUUAUUUCUCACCAUGCUCUGAUUUAGUUAUUUUUUUAACACUCCAACAACAAAAGGCACAGAAAUGUAUAGGAGGAGGUAUGUGCAAAUGUGACGCACAAAUCCUUUAAAUCUGUCUGUUUUACAAGUGCAAAUUAUAGUAUGACUUUAAAUACUAGUUUAAUUUGUACAUAUUUGUCUAUGGUUAAAGGGACACUGUUACUAAUGUCAUUGAAGUUGUUAUAGUGCUUGACGUCCCCUGGCCCAACCCUUUUGUGAAACCUUUUUUUUUAAAUAUGGUUUAAUACUAAACAAGUGCUUUUGCCAGCCUUGCCCUCUCUGUGCUGCCCUGGCUAAAUAGGAAAUAUUGGGCCAAGCAACAAUGGGUGGUGCUGAUUGGCUGAAAGCUGUCAGUCUAUUUCAGCUGCCCAUUGUUGGCCUGAAUUGAUGUGGUUGAGGAAGAGUGUAAUAUUGUCCUUGGUAAUGCCUCCAGUGGGAGCCAGGCUAUGAGAAAAUAGGGACCCUCAUUCAGUGUUAAACUGUUAAAAAACAGUGAUGAAAUGUUUAUGGUGCCUGGAGUGUCCCUUUUUAACAAUUUUUUUUUUUUUUUUUUAUUUUAUGGGGGGUUUUUUGUGCAUACAUUUAUUCACGCUGUAACUUACUCUGAGGAAUGUUUUUGAGAUGAUGGUAGUCCAAGUGUUAUGUGCUUUAUUAUUGAUUUUGUAUUUUUAGCCAUUUGUUUAACGUUGUUGCAGGGGUGUUUCAGUCUGGAUAGAAAAUUUUUUUUGUUCUUUUUCUUAAUUUAUUUUAGUGUAACAUUCUUGUUUUAAUUAGACCAAAACCAUGCUGCUUCAAUUGUGGUUCAGAGGAACAUCAGAUGAAAGACUGCCAAAAAGUAAGCGGUCAUAUACUACUUAAGAGAAUGUCUGCUGUCCGUCUCCUGUGCAUUGCAAAAUAAAAUGAUGGGGCUUUUUGCUUUGUGCUUCAUGCAUUACAUUAACAUUACGAAAAGCUGUGUCUGCUUUUUUGUGCAGUAUGGUAAAAUAUGGUAUGUAAGAAAAGUUGUUGGUUUUGUGUGUGUGUGUGUGGGGGGGGGGUUUGUGUGUGUGUUUGUUUGUUGUGUUUUUUUUUGGGGGGAGGGGGGUUGUGUUCCCAUCGUCAACUGCAAGGUUGUGGUAAAUAUCACAUAGCUUUCUAUCAUUUCUGAUUUAAAUUAUAUAAAAGGACAUGGAGAUGCACUGACACUGUCCUCCCCAUUUCAGAUGUGAUGCAUACGACUAUAGUUACAUAAAUCAAAACAAAUUCUUCAUACUGAAUUUAAUAGAAACCUUUAAUGCAAUUUGUUACUAAAUUAGGGAUUAUUCUAGCUUUCAGUGAACGAAUAAUCUAAAUUUUAUUAAAGACAGGAGGUGAAUAUUUGUUUCUUUCUUUACUGUAACUCCCAGCAGCAAAGAAACAGUUAACAAUGUUGUAUGAAAAAUUCAACCAAUCAUAACACAUUACAGGAACAAUAUAGUGUCAUCAGACUCCUCCCACUUCCUCUUUCUUGGUGAUGCCGGUCAGUAGCAACCAUGUCAACCAUGUAAACUGGAACAUUUUCCGAGGCUUUAACUCGAAAUGAAGUCAACCAUGUAAAGUGAAAUUGAUCGAAAUAACCUGAGAUCUUCACACUAAAAGAGAAGAGAGACUUCGUGAAAGUAAGGUUUCUUGGACAAGAGAAAAAUAUAGUUAUACCCCCUACUUCUAACUAUAGCUCAGAUUAUCUGGCAGAGUUAAACAGGACAUGUCAGUACCAUGUGAUGUAGGUUCAUAUCUACUAGUCUAACAAAUCGUAUACCUGCAAAUUUAGAUGCAAGAGACGGUAUCUUACAUUAAGCAUGGAUCAGAAGACUUACCUUGAGGGUGGGUUCCAGAGUGAACGAAGGGAGGGAAAAUAUUCGCCUCCUGUCUUUAAUAAAAUUUAGAUUAUUCGUUCACUGAAAGCUAGAAUAAUCCCUAAUUUUAUGGCAAGACAUGAGGCUUCAUAUUUGCUGUUUUAACACUCUUGAAUAAUGGAACAAGCCGCAUGUGGUGUUGGUUUAAAAUAAAAAGUUUGAAAGGUAGAUUCCCUUGACCAAUCUGCGCAGGACAAAAUAUCCGCCAGUGAGCUGCCGGCGCGAAAGGCAGAGGAUGCAGCCGCCCCCCUAACGGAGUGGGCUCAGAAUGAUCUAUCAAUUCCAGCCUGGGUAAGCAACCAUCUUAUCCAGCGAGCGAUAGUGGGGGAAGAGACCGGUUUAUGAGGUCUAACGUAAGAGACGAAAAGGGGACCGGUAGGGGAACGUAGAGCGGCAGUGUUCUCAGUGUAACAACGGGUACACAGAGCCACACAGAGAGCCGGCCUGUCGGGAAAGUACGGGGGAAAAAAAAGUCAAGGAAUUUGUCUUAGUGCGCCUAGUAAUGGUAAAUCUGACACCAUCUGGUGCGAAGGUGACAGCGUGUGAGUCAAAGGCUUAAACGUCAGAAACUCUGCGGGAGGACACCAGACACCGUAGCAGGGCCAGUUUCGCAGAGAGUUGGCAAAGGGAUAAGGCCUCGUUAGGGGGCCAGGACUCCAACAGCGCGAAGACUCGAGAUAUAUCCCAGAACUUAGAGUAUUUGGCAGAGGGUGGCCUCGUCAAACGAAUGCCCCGUAAAAGUCUGCACACGGAAGGGUGUUUCCCAACCAAGGAAUUGUCAAUAGUGUCAUAGCCUGCUGAAAUGGCGGAACGAAAAAUAUUAAUCGAUCGGUAUGAUUUACCCUGAUCAAAAAGUGAUGAUAAAAAAUUUAGAAUGGAUGAAAGAGAUGCUGAAACGGGAUCGAGAUCCCUCUCCAGACACCAGCUGACCCAAAUUCGCCAUGCGGAGAGGUAGGUUCGUCUGGUCCCUGGAGCCCAUGAAUCCCACAGGGAUUUUCGUGUCAGGAGUGUUUGAGCAGUGCUUGAAAGUCCUGCGACAUGCCAAGCUCCCCUGAAACUGUCCAGGCUACCAGUUGAAGAUGGCCUUGUAAGGCGAGCGGGUGGUAAUCGCCCGUUGGGUUCCUGAGGACCCGAAAUGAGCGAGGUAGGGGGAUGGGAUAGUCUGUUGAAAGUUCCAGGAGAGUGGGGAACCACAUCUGGACCCGCCAUAGAGGAGUAAUUAUCACAAUUCUGACCCUUUGUGACUUGACCCGGUGGAGGGUCCGUUGAAUCAUUGAGAAAGGAGGGAAGGCAUAGGCUCCGCUCCGUGGCCAAGGUUGGAGAAAGGCGUCGACUGCCAGAGAUAGAGGGUCUGGUAACCGGCUGAAAAAGUCGUCUGUCUGACGAUUCAGCCGAGACGCGAAGAGGUCGAGUGUGAGGGGUCCCCGCAAUAGGUGAAUGUGGUGGAAUAGGAGAGGAUCUAAUUGCCAGUCGCUGGCAUCCCUCCAGUGACGUGAAAACCAGUCCGCGACUAAGUUGUCGGGUCCUGGGAGAUAUUCUGCCCGAAUGGACAGAUUCCUGUCUAAGCAGAACUGAUACAGAUCCUUGGUGAGGUCUGACAGUAGUUUCGAUUUGGAACCUCAGUCGGUUUACAUACCGUACUGCGGAGAUGUUGUCCAUCCGAAGUACCAGAGAGCAGUUGGAGACUUCCUUGGCAAAGCUGUGGUUCGCGAAGGAUCCGGCAAUGAGCUCGAGACAAUUUAUGUGAAGUGCCUGUUCUGAUGGGGACCAGAGACCCCCUGUGUAUGUUUGGGCGCAAGUAGCACCCCAACCUAAGAGGCUGGCAUCGGAUUCCAGAAUAAAAUCUGGUUGAGAUCUGAAAAUCGCUUUCCCAUUCCAGGCUUCCAUAUUGCGAAGCCACCAGUGAGGUUCGAUGAGAACUUCGUCCGUUAGGGAAAUGAAUUGAUCGUAAGAGGUCGAGCGAUGUAAGUAGGAGGUUUUCAGCCGUUGCAUUGCUCUGUAGUGUAAGGGCCCUGGAAAAAUAGCCUGAAUUGAUGCGGAUAGGAGACCCAGAAUGUGUGCUAGGUCGCGGAGCCGGGGUCGUUGUGAACUGAGUAAUUUUUGAAUCUCUUUCUCUAUGUUUUUGAUUUUGGAAUAGGGCAACUGUAGAGUUGCCUGAACCGAAUCUAUUUGGAAACCCAGAAACUGGACUAUCUGAGAUGGUUCCAGAUCUGAUUUCUGGCAAUUUAUAACAAAACCCAGGUUUUGAAGGAGGGCAGAGGUCGUGUGUGUGUGUGUGUUUGCGAAGUAAUUGUUGGUCUUGGGCCAUAAUCAGGAUAUCGUCUAAAUAUAUAAUGGAACGUAUUCCCUGAGAACGAAGGAGCGCCAUGACCAGUUUCAUUAACUUGGUGAAACACCAAGGGGAGGAGCAAAGUCCGAAAUGGAGGCAGGUGAACUGCCAAAUGUCGCCUUGCCACAGGAAUUGGAGGAAGGCACGAUGACUUGGUGCGAUUGGGACCGUCAGGUAAGCAUCCUUGAGUUCGAAUCUGGAGAACCAGUCUCCCACGCAGAGCAAGUCUCUGAGAAGAUGGAUACCUUCCAUCUUGAAAUGACGGUAUGUGAUAAAGUGAUUCAAUGCUUUGAGGUUGAUAAUGGGACGGUGGUCUCCCGUCUUUUUCCGAACGAGAAAUAUGUUGCUGAGGAAGGUGCAAGGGAAAGGCGAAGGUUCGAUCGCCCCUUUGUGUAACAAUUUGUUUAUUUCUGUGUUUUAAGGUUAGAGUGUCUGCGUUUGACAUCUCUAAAGAUGGAGGAGGAAAGUGUUGCACUGGGUGUGUGAAAAAAUCUAUUUUGAAACCUUUGACUGUAUGAAGGAUCCAUAGAUCCUGGGAAAGUAGUUUCCACUGUUGGAAAAAGAAUGUUAAUCGACCUGCGAUUGGUACAUGUUUCAAAUAAGCAAGGUCCAUUACCUGAAGCAGUGCGUCCGCGCAGGGAUGCAGAGCCAUGUCCUCGUAUCAAGCCUCUGGUGCUGAAUAGUUGUCUGUGGUUGGGUCGUGUAUAUCCUGUGGACCAAUAAUCUGUGGGUAGGGGCCUGUAGCCUGUAAAUGCUGCUCUACUGGUAGCUCGGCCCCUGGAGCGACCAGCUCUCCCAGAAAAACGAUGAGUUUGGGAGUGGAAAACCCUACGUAGGGAGGACUGGGCUUUAUUGAGUGUGGUAAAGACCGAGACAUGCUUGGAGAGUUCUCGCAUGAAACUGUUACCGAACCGUAGACCAUCGGCCUCUGGGCCUAGUUCCUUAGUACUCAAGUCUACCAAUUUGGCAUCGAUUUUAUAAAGUGCCGCUUUGCGUCUCUCAAUUGAAAUAGCCGCAUUGGCAUUGCCCAAUAAGCAUAGGGCUCUCUGCGCCCAUUCUCUGAUAAUGUGCGGAUCAAGUUCACCGCUAGUGAGUGCCUCAUCUGCUAAUCUAAAUAUUUGAAUUAUAGGACCUGAAAUGUCCAAUAGUUUGUCUUGGGUCGCUUUCAAACCCUGCUCAAUAACCUUACGAGGGUCUUUACCAGAUUUCGUCAAGUAGGUGACAAGCAUGGGGUCGAAUUCAGGGGUAGAGGCAACUUUGCCUGGAAUCGUUGGUCUCGGGCAUUCAGCCCUUAGUUUGUUUCUUAUUUCCUUUUCGAGGGGCUUGCGAAGCCACAUUUUACAGAAAUUAGCAAUAUGGUCCGGGGUAGCCCAUUCUGCUGAGCGCGGGUGACAAAUCACCCUUGGGUCAAAAAAGGGAAGGCCCGAGGCAUCCAGGAGGGUGUCUGAGUCAGGCACUUUAGAUGGAGGGGUACUCUUGGAAUCCUGACCCGGGAAGGUUUCUUUUACGAACUCUGAUGUUGAGGUAUCCUGUGGCGCAUUCACCAUGGGAUCCUCAUCAGAGUAGUUGGGGUCAUAAUCACAUAAAAUAUGGCCAGUUAAACGUGAAGUAGAACCCUCUAGAGGGUCUGCAGCAUCCUGCGUAAUGUAUGGGUGAGAAUGUUUAAUGACCUUUGCAGGAGCUUUGCCUUUGCCCGCAGUAGCGCUAUUCCCUUUCCAGGGUCUCUUGCGCGGGGCGCUGUCUUGGCCGGAGAUAUGGGAAUCUUCAGAAUCAGAGGGUUGUCGUGUAGAGGGGUGCACCUCUGUGGUACGUUCAUGGUAGGCUGCCAAAUCCUUAGGAAUGGACUCCGCGAUAGUGGAGAAAAGCCAUUCUUUAAGUUUGGCAGAGAUGGCAGGGUCUUGGCGGUCUGACAUAAUGUGUCUCAAAAUAUAUGCAAACUGUUUAGAUGAAAUUAUAUACACAGAGUAGAAGUGUUAGGGUUGUCAAUUAAAGAUGAGGCCACUCAAUUAUAAUAUAUGAAAGGUGGGGGUCACCCACGAGACGUCAAAAAACAGUGGGGGUCACCCACAAAUGCUUGGCACAAUUGUAAAUAUUAAAGGGCAAUUAAUAGAGGGUCACCCUAUUAGACAGAUGGUGGACAAUAUAGAUAUUGUACAGUCAAUGAGGUGGGGAUCACCCACUAGAAAAACAGCUAUAAAGUAUGUACAGUGAGAGAAUGGGGGUCACCCACAAAAUAAAUCAGGUGGCGUCAGCCACACAGAUAUUUCACACAGUAGUGUGUUCAGUAGGUGGUGUCAGCCACAUAAAUAUUUUACACAGUUUGUGUAUUAAAUAUGUAAGUGGGGUUCACCCACAACAGGGAAGAAUGGUCAGCCACACAAGGAUUGGCAAAUUAUAUUAGUAAUACAAUGUCAACCACACUACAAAUCAUACAAAAUUAGGGAGAGGGGUUCACCCAGACUGUAGCAGCUUGGCCCUUUGUGUGGAGCAAAGCCUGCAAAAAACAGAUGAGAAAUAGAUCAGUAUACUGAUCGUUUAAAUGAGAUGCGCAUAUGAAAUGAGGUGGAGGCAGAAAGGCAGCAACCUACCUGUCACAAGCUAGGCAAUAAAUGUACCCACAAGUUUGUAUGAAGUCCUUGCGCGUGAUAGUGUUUACAGGAUCCGUGGAAGAAACACUGGGGCUGAAAAAAUGGCCGCCGCGAGAUCGCCGCCGUUGAAAGGGCGGCGAAAAAACGUGUCACAAGGGAGACGCGAGUAGGCGGGAGGAGAGUAAGGCGGGAAAAGGCAGCCGCAGGCUCAUGGGAAAUGGAGUCCGCGGCUGAUGAGAUUGACGAGAAUGGGCCGCGGCUCUGCCUCUGAGGAGAGAGCCGCGGCCAGCUGACUGAAGCAGAAAACUCCGUAUAUGCAAACAUGGAGUGGCGCCAAAAUUUAAAAGGGAAACCAAACUCAAAAAACAAACGGUUAAGGAUAAAGAUGUGAAGAAACACAAGUGACGAAAUAUUUAAAGGGGGGAAAAACACUAAACUGAAUAAAGUAUGCAAAUAAAUGAGAAAUGAGGAUAUGUGUGUAGGAAAAAAGGUGACAAAUUAAAAAAACAAAGUUUGCUGAGGUGAAGUACAUGUUGCAAAUUAUAAAAUAUAUUAAAAAAACUUCAACUAGUAAGGCAAUGUAAUUGGAGUAGACUCACCUGGGAGGCAAGCAGCAAAGAAAGAGGAAGUGGGAGGAGUCUGACACUAUAUUGUUUCUGUAAUGUGUUAUGAUUGGUUGAAUUUUUCAUACAACAUUAACUGUUUGUUUGCUGCUGGGAGUUACAGUAAAGAAAGAUAAGCAAAUAUGAAGCCUCCUGUCUUGCCAUAAAAUUGUUUUUCUAAUCUUUGUGUCUUAAAGCAAAAAUGUACAAAGUGGUAAAUGCAUCUGCAUGAACUCUAUAAAUAAUCCAGAGCCAUUUACUAAGAGACCAAAACAUUUUAUAAUUGGACUUUUCAUGGAAAUAUUGAUUCAUUUAAAAAAAAAAAAAAUUAUAUUUUUAUUUUAUUUUUUUGGGAAGCACAGGCCAUUCUUUUCAGUUUAUUGCAAAGGUUUAUGUUUUCCACAUGGAUUUAAAGAAUUCCCACUUGAUCUCAAUGAAAAAUUGUCCUCAUCCCGUGGCCCUGUAGUUUUAGUCUUGCAGUGUAAAACAUUGCUGCUUUCUGUAGAUGUGUACAUUGCAGGGCUAAACACCCCUCUAGUGGCUGUUUCUGUAGCAACGACAGUUUGAAAUUGAAUGUCCUUAAAUGCUGAUUAUAUGGAAGCAGGUGCUUUAAUGCUUCCCUAUGAGAAGCUUUUGAUUGGACUAGCUAGCUGCCUGCCACUCAUCUGUUUCUUGUCCUCAAUGCUUCUCUAUGAGAAGCAGUGGAUUGGAUGAGCAAAUUGAAUGUCUGCAUGUUUGCUGACAACGAAGGAGCAAUUUGCCUCUUUUAUGCUGUCUUUUUAUUUUUUUUAUUUUAUGUGAAUAGUAUAUAUUUCAGCAUUUCAAAGCACUGGGCCACAGAUGGCAAUUGCUUGAUUUAUAAACUUGGAUAUUAGCGGGUUUUGGUUACCUUUCUUUCAUGCCACUGAACCAUAUCCGUAUUCAAAGAACUGCUACUCCCUCACAUCCAAGUUGGUUAAUCACUUUUCAUUCCCUACAAUUUAAAUCUGGUGAUACGCACCCCUAAUUUCUAUUUAACUGCAACCCCAGUGAUUUUCUUAUAGCUAUCUCAAGUUUAGCUAUGUCUGGUAUUGAAAUUAGAACUGCUGAGUUAAUACAAUGUUUCCUGACCUAGAUUAACUACUCAUUGAAACCAGUUAGUCCACUAUCAAAUUGGGCAUGUAAUCUCUGCUGGUUUCUGCCCAAGGUGCUGAAUGUCAGCUGUCUGCUUUGCUUGGAUCUCAGACAUUGCAACAGGCAGUUAAAUGUACGAUGUGUACUUACUAAUAACAUUGCAUACUAAUGCAAAGUCUGAUGCUUGUUCAACUGGAAUUUAUUUUUCAGCCACGAAAUCAAGCACACAUUAACAUGAAGAGAAAGGAGUUUAUGGAUGCGUGCGGAGAAGCAGGUAACCAGAAUUACCAGCAGAGGUACCACGCUGAAGAAGUAGAAGAGAGGUUUAACAGGUUUAAACCUGGACUUAUUAGGUACAUCUUAAAAUCCUUUCCUUGGUGUUAUUUAUUAAAUGUUAUGUAAAGUAUUUUAUUGAAUAUAAAGUACACAUAACUUUAUGGAUAUAUAUAUAUAUUUUUUUAUUAAAAAAAAAAAAAAGACACUAUUCAACUUGGUUAAAACAUUAGCUGAUCGCAAAGCACUUACAUAAUCUGCAAUGGCUCUCAUCCCUCUUUAUUGGAGAUCUGGUAAAUUGCUUAUUCUCCUGCAGUGGAUUGCAUAGUAGAGGAAAUCUGCAAUAUGUAAAUGUUUACUGCCUCUUUACGUUAAAGAUCUGCUAAAAGUACGUAACUAUAGGACCCUUUGCUCCUGUAUAUUGCCAAGGGGACUGACACUUAUUCUCAUCCUCUCUUCCUUUCUCUUUUGGAGAUUAAUUUCAAAGCCCACACUGGAUGGGUGGGUAUGGCUGGUCCUUUUCAUAAUUCUGCCCAUACCUCCAAUCCCCCACAUUUCAUUUUUUUUUCCAUCCACCCCUCCCCUUUCUUUAUUCUUUCUCCAGUUUGGGGCAUUUCCUUUUCUUUUAUUUCUUACUUGGUCUACUCCUGCUAUGCCUUGUUUCUUUCCCCAUGCGGGCUCUCCUUGGUGUUCUCUGUUAACAUUAGUAUUUUGUACUUUAAUUAAACCCGGAUGAGUAACCUUUAAUGCUGCUUUUAUUAUUUCUUACCAAUUGUAUGUUCACUUUUUUUUUUUUUUUAAGGGUUUAGCUUACUUAUUACCUCAAGUCUAUCUUGGUUGUCAAUUUACAUUCUUCGGUAUGUGCUUUAUUUCUUGAAAAUCUUUGCUAAAUAAAGGGGGGAAAAUGCAUUCAAUACAAUAGCGGAGUGCUAUGACAUGCCACACAAAGAAAAGCAGAUCUAUCAUGCACUUUAAAUAUGGACUCCCUAACCACCAUACCCAUGUAUACCUAUUCCUACAGGUUAUAAGGUUCAAUCCAAGCACCAUGACAACUUAAGCGAUUUCAAGUUCUCAUUUUAACUGGAGUCUGUGACAAUAAUGGAAGCUGAACAAACCAAAAUAUCAUGUUUAUUGUAAAUGACAUCACCUUCUAAAUGGCUGGUUCUGCACAAAGUGGGAGGGGGACUCAAAUUUUAAGUGUUUUGUUUUGUCCGUUCCCCCGUCCCAAAGUCCUUUUCUACAAUUCUAUUUGCUGUUAAUUUGUGUUUUUAUUGUUUUUAAUUUAUAUUAAGUUUCACUUUUCUUGACCUAAUUCACAAUUUGUUAUAGCGAGGAACUUCGAGAAGCCCUUGGCAUGUCUGACAGUUGCCUGCCCCCAUUUAUAUAUCGAAUGCGCCAUUUAGGUUAUCCUCCUGGGUGGCUGAAAGAAUCUGAACUAGAGAAUUCAGGGCUCUCCCUUUACGAUGGAAAAGGUACGUAUUCCUUUGGUUGUCUAGUAUGUCAAAUAUUUGGUCUCUGUUAACUUCCCACAAAUUUUUAGUUAUUCAUCUCUGUAAACAAAGUGUCAAGCUGUGUAAUGCCUCUUUCCAUUUUUUGCAGAUUAAUCCUCUUUUUGGGUUGGGUCGUUUUAGUUUAAUUCAUCUUUAGUACUAAAUGUAUGCAUGGGUUUUUAUUUUUGACAGAAUCAAGUGAUGGAGAUUUAGAAGAAGGAGAGAUGCACUCAAACGUGAAACAUGUCUCCUAUGAUGUCUCUAAAUUAGUUAGUUAUCCUGGGUUUAAUACGUUGGUCCCCGAUUGGAUGACAGAUGUAAGUUCCCCCAGCUUGAUUAUUUUGCUGAUCCAGACACUGUUGCAUUCUCAUUUUCACUACUGUAAGAGCACCAUUAGCAUAUGAGCUAGGUUUACAAAGUAAUGGGAAUCAUGUUUGCACUUCUACUUUUCCCCUGUCUCAUUACACCUACCAGUUUCUACCCUUCUCUGAAUAUUCUAAUUUCUGGAUGGUGGUCUAGGAGGAAUGCCUCUUAUUCCACCUCUGGAAUCAGUUUGUGGGUUUUCUUUCUUUUAUUUAAAAAAAAAAAAAGAGGUUUUGCCAUGUGCUAUUACGGCCAUUUGGAAUGUUUACAUUUUUGCUUGAAAUGCGUUAAGUAUCAAAACCUACUGCACAUAUUGUUUAUUUCGGAACAAUUUCUAUUUUGUUCCCUAAAUGUUAUACUAAGUUAUGUGGAUUUUAAAUUUUGUCUCUAGGAUUGGCGAAGCUAUGGCUCAAUUCCUAUGCAAGCAAACCAUCAGAGAGAAGCUUUUGCUAGUUAUCUUACAAAUAAUUAUCCUACAGUAAGUUCUUGUGUUUUGUUUCCUUUGUUUAUUUGAAUUGGUACCUUUUCAAUCUAUGCAGAUUUUCUCCCCUUUAUUUACUUAAUGGCAUACUGAUGGUCAUUUUAAUAUCUUAACAUAAUCUUUGAUAUAUCAUGUCUGAUAUCUGUCUGUAUAGAUGCAUACAUACACAGAUCAGCCACAACAUUAAAGGAUAUGUAUGAUUAAUUCUGCUUUGCAAGACACGGUGUAAACGUGUGUGCUGUUUGUAUUUUGAAGUCUAUUAUUUAUAAAGAUAGAUAUUUUAAGCAGCUAUUCAAACUCUGUGACUGUUAAGGAUAUUGUUUCAGUUUUUAAGCUCUACAGAUACCGACUGGCUGCGUUAUGACUGGUCAUUUGAUUAUAACGUAAGGGACAUUAUAGACACCCAGACGACUUCAUAUCAUUGAAGUGGUCUGUGUGCAGUAGCCCUUUAAUUGUAGCCUUCACAUUUUGAGCAUUUCCAUUUAGGAGAUAUUGCAGUGUUUCCAUUGUAGGGUGAAAGGCUCUUCAACUGUAAGAACAGUCAGAUUGUUUUCACUGAUCAACUCCUCUAAAUGCUUGUCAUAGAGAGCUGUGCAUGCACUUCCCAUCCCCAAAGCUUCUGUAUGGUAAGCAUUUGAUAGGUCAAAAAGACAAAGUAGCAGCCACUGCACCAAGCGAGGCGUGGUACUCUGAUCAGAAAACAAGACCUUUACCAGACAAAAUGUCUGGAAGGAUAAGGCUAAAAAAAGACUUUAUUUAUGCAACAAAAAACAAUGUAGCAAACAAGUGUAAGUUUACUAAUAGAAUAAAUUCACUAAAAACCUCUGUCCUUCGUGCUCAAACCUUAUUGAGAAAGUGGAGCCCAUUAUUUGAGGCACCUGUGGUAAGUAUUUCACUAUGGUUUUCAGACAGGUUAUGCGUAAAACUAAAGUCAUCGGGUAUAUUUAACUUUGCGUCUGUGCAUCUAUCAAAAAGAUCCAGACCCAAAAAGGUUAACUGGUAUUUCCUUAAAUCUGACUACAUUCUAUAAAUCUCAUUUACAAAAGGUCUAGGAAAAAAUCCAAUGUUAAAGCACUGGAUUACAGAAUUGUAGAUGCAGAAUAAAUAAAACCAUUCAGGAUUUUCCAAUCUACUUAUUAAUCCUUUAACUUAAAGUCCUAUGACAACCUCUGCACACUUUAAAGAACAUUGUGCCUAUGAAUACCUAGAGAGUGACAGCAUACACUUACAAGCAGUAUUAAAUUCCUGAGUACAAGUAGAAGAGAUACGAAUAUCUGCAAGCUAGCUCUCAAUGUAAGAGACAAAAUUCCCACAAUACAGCCCAGCUAAAUGUAAAGCAUAAGACUAAGUGAGAGGGAACCAACCCUGUGAGACCGAUCGGUCGAUACAAUGUUGCUACGCUGGGAAAGGGGGUUACUUAGCGCAAGGGAGCAGGGCACUGUUGGAAGCCCAAAUUAUCUUGGGUGCAUAAACUUAACACAAGCCAACAAAGUCUCCUGUAAGCAGUAAAUAAACCGGUUCAAUAGAUCGGAUACAUAGCAAAACCCUACAUAUCAUGUUAUUCAAAAAUCUACACUGCCACAAGAUAGAGGGUCUUCAGUUUAAAAAGAAUUGAGUACACAUCUACUAAAUAAAGCAGAACUGUCAAAGAUCUGUCAGCUAUAUGGACAUAUAGUAAAAACCAAAGAAAGUUACCUGCGCUCUCUCCUUAAUCCCUAUGUAUAAUUAAACAAAUGGAGGUCAUUUAGUUACUCCAAUGGCCACUGUAGGGAAUGCCCACCUGCCAACGUCAAGGCAGACCCCCCUAGACAGGUCCUACUCUGACCCUUCACCUUGCUUCCUUGAGCUUCUGGCAAAGAUAUCUAAUGAGACAGGGGUAUUUUUUUUUUUUUUUAAUAUACACACCUAUAUACUUAGGUAACUUUUUUUUUUUCUUUUUUUCCUUUGUUUUUUUUUUAUACGUACUAUAUGAUGUGUACUGUGGUCGUUGCUGCCGCUCAGGAGUGAUGGGAGUGAGCGCAGGACUUUUCUUUUUGUAUAUGGACAUAAGCUGGUGAUAUAGCUCAGUGGGUUAAUGCAUCAUCACUAGAAUCUGUUCAACCUUGGGGCUCGCAGGUUCACAUCCCAGCAGGUUUGACUCAGCCCUUCAUCCUUCCAAGUUAGAUAAAAAUGAAUACAUCAUGAUUUUUUUAUUUUUUUUUAUAUGCAUUUUUCUUAAACUUGAUUUUGGGUCCCCUGAAUCAAAAUAGGGAGAACACUAUAGCAUUCCUUUAAAAAAAAAAAAAAAUACAGGGAAGCUUAUAUAUAUUAUUUUUGUUUUUAUCUUCUUAGCACAGCCCAAAUACCAGCAUAAAGAGAUCUGCUUCUCCAUCAGCUUCCUUCAAUAGAAAAAAACAGAAGACUUAUGGGAACCAGAGAGAAUCACCAGUUGAUAUGGAUAUGGAGUCAGGUACCAAAGUUAUCACUCAUAGAAAAAGCUCAAAGAGAUUAAAAAUUUGUGAUGGUCAGAGAAUACUUUAUGUGCAGUUUAUCUCUUAUAAAAUGGCGAUGGGGAGUUUGUAUCUUUUGUGUCUAAUCAUUAUUGGAUCUAUUGGUUUCAGAUAUGGAUACUGUUUUGAGCUCACCUUCCUCUGGAAGCUUUAAAUUUCAACCACCUCUUCCUCCUGGAUCGCCACUGUAUGGUACUCCACCACCAUUGCCACGUGGAACUCCUCCAUCUACUCCUACCAACUUUAUUCCUCCACCUCCUCCAACUCCAACUCCUCCACCACUUCCUAAAGGCACACCUCCACCGACUCCCAAAAGAGGAUCCCCAAUGCCUCACGGCAAGGAUAGUUUAAAUGUAAAACCACAGGUGGUAGAUUCGAUGGAUGAAGAUGCGUUGACCCUGGAAGAGUUGGAAGAGCAACAACGUUUAAUAUGGGCUGCUCUCGAGAAUGCAGAAAGCACAAACAGUGAUUCAGAUGCUCCCACACCUUUAACUGUGACUUCUGUCACCUCAUCUCCAAGUAGGACUGAUGUAGAUAAUGUGACAGAGAUGAAGCCUGCAAUUCACAAUCCAGGUAGUGUAUCAAAUAAUUCUGAUGCCUUCCUAGAUGCAAUUGCAACAGAACCUGAUGAUGAUAUCUCUGUUUUACCUGAAGAAGAUGAGCCGUUAAAAGAAAACCAUGUUGACUGUACAGUAGUAGAGGGCAAUGGAUCAGCUAUAAAUGCUGCAGAGGAGAAAACUGAAGUUAAUGAUGAUGCCCCAGAAGAGAGUGCUUGUGAGGUUCCCUCUGUCACUAAUUCAGGCAAACCAGAUAUGAGUAAAUUUGCUGCUGGCAUCACACCAUUUGAAUAUGACAAUAUGUCUGAAUCAACUGGUACAUACCUGCGGCUUCGAAAUGUUCUGAAGAAUUCCCCAAGAAACCAACAAAAAGGCAAACCUCUUUAGUUAUACUGCUUCUUAUUGGGACUGUGGGGGCUUUGUUUUGUGGGAUUUUAUUUUUUUUAUUUUGCCUAUAUUCAGCCACAAGCAGAUUUCUGGCUUUUUUUUGUUUUGUUCAGUUUUUUUUGUUUUACCUCCUCUGUGAGUUAGGCAAUAAUGUAUCGGCACGUUCUGUUGCUGAUUCAAACAAGAUUAGUUCCCCUCCUAAUAUCAACGUGAUUUUAUUUAACCGGAGUUGGCAACAAUACAUAGUAAGUGCAAAAUAUGUUAGUAAAUCUCUUUAAUUCAUCUUUUCCAUGUACCACUGGUUAAUUUUUGCCGUUUUUAAGUUUUAUAAAAUUCAGUCUGGUAGAUUUAAGUAGGGUGGAAAUUUUUUUACUGGUCUUUUUGUAAAUUUAUUUUGCAUUGUUUAUUUUUGGAUAAGGGCCACCAAUUGGUUUAAUAUAUUCAAUGUUUUUAACACUGAGACUUUUAUUCUAAUUUCCAACUGUCAAAAGCUUAUCAGGAAUUCAGUGUUAUCUUCACUGUUCUAGAUAUUUUUAUACAUGAUUUAAGUGGUUCUUCAGUUUUUAAUGCCACUUCCACCCUUUUCUAAGAUCACUUCACAUAAACUUGCUGUACAGAUUUUGUUUCCCCAUAUGUACAGAUGUUUAAUAAAUGAAGUUUCUUAUGAA